AUGGGUUAUCCCAAGGACAAGAUCGCGUUCAUGUAUAUCCACAGGGAGAGGGGCGAGGUGUGCUUCAUCUCCCAAUCCGCAUCAUGGCAUGUCCCGGUUGCCGAUCAAGGAGGCGAUGGUUUCGUGUUUUCUUCCAUGGUUGCGAGCACGGCCGCGGAAUUAGAGGCGGCCAAGAACGCCACGCGCUCCACCACUCCAGAGAUCCAUAAGUACAAUAUAUCCUUUCUUGACGCCGCGAGCUCAUCAAGCUGGGAGGCGACUGUGUACGAGAGAUACAUUGGCAAUGGAUUCGAGGGCGUGGUUUUCUCCAUGGAUGAACCAGCGCUGGAGUCGAGCGCGACCGAUUACUUGGCCACUCUCCUGCUGGACAACAGCGUCAUGACGAGGGAUUGCCUCCUGGAGCCAUUCGCAUCGCACACUCCACUCGAGGUGGACGUGAUCGCCUCCAAGGUGGUGGACAUCAUCGAGGCAAAUUACAUCCACUUCCCAAGGCACGACCAGUGGUUCACUAGCGGGGGCAAGCAGAGGUUCGCGGACAAGGUGAGGUAUCACGUCGCAAGAAACGUUCCUCUCGAGUUCAUCCUUCCAGCUUUCCCGGUGAAGUCGUGCAACUCCGACAAGACUUUGGGGAAAUACCCCGACAAGGCCGAGGAGCUCGCAAUUCAUUCCAUGAAGAUUGUCGCGGACCUCAUCAAAGCCGUGUACGCCCCCGGUGUGCACUACAACGUCGUCUCGGAUGGCCAUGUCUUCUCUGAUCUCGUUGGAUCUGACGAUGCUACCGUGGAUACAUACGGAGAGAUGUUUCGCGAGAUGGCGCACGAUUUGUAUCCGGGCUUGGUCAGCUUCUACCGCCUAGACGAAUUCUUGCUGGACAACCACAGCGACGAGAGCAUAGAGGAGCUCGUUUCCGGCACCGAGCUGGAGCAUCCCGUCGCCACCGACCUCACCUCCAACGCCGAGACAGCGAGACGAGCUCUCAUCCGCUUGUUUGGAAGUGACGAGUCGGCCGUGCACAGGGACAUCAAGGAGGACCCGGAGACGCGCAAUUUGUACCGCGGCUUCUCCAGGUUCAUGCUUGAGGAUCUCUACGAGCACAAGAGCUGCAAGAGUCUCCCAUCGAAGUCGGCCAAGAAGAAGCUGUGCAGCCAAGUCGGCUUCCUCAUGAUCCUGAGGAACCGCGCCUACUCGGCGAUGGUGGAGUGGCUCUUUCCACUGCAGCUCCGCGUCUCCAUCCACCCGCAUCCAAACCGCGGCCCCAAGUACGGCAUCAACGUCAUUCACUCCUCGCUCGUGGCGGCACAGCGCUCCUCCGAGGAGAGGAACUUCCACAUACCGACGCCGUGGCACAACACAGUCGUGGAGCUGGCCGAUGGCAAGUUCUUGCUGCUGCACUCCAAGGUCAUCCGGGGAUGGGGAUCGGGUGUGGGAGAUUUGGCUUGCGAGGAGCUCGAGCAUGAGAUGCUGCUCAAGCGUGACGGGUUCGAGAUGGCGCUUGUGAGGUAUCCGGAUGGGAGGCCCAGCCACUACAGGCAAGUGAGCGUGUGCUAG